UAGAAAAAAUUACGCUCAGGCAAUUCAAAUACAAUGGAGCGUUGGUCGAAUCGUGUCGCUGUGGUCACUGGUGCCAGUUCCGGUAUUGGCGCCGCUAUAGUGAAAUAUCUCGCAAAUAACGGUAUGAUAACAGUCGGUUUGGCGCGUCGCAAAGAACGUGUUGAAGCGCUGCGUAAUGAAGUUGAAGACGAGGCAAGAGAGCGUAUACAUGCCAUACAGUGUGAUGUUACGGAUGAGCAACAAGUUGUAGCAUCCUUUGCAGAGAUCGAGAGCUCGUAUGGUCCCGUUGUCGUAUUGGUCAAUAAUGCCGGCAUUGGACGCACUAAAACGACUUUGCUGCAGUCCGACAAUUUACAAGAUAUACGUGAUGUGUUGGAAACUAAUGUUAUAGGCGUGGUCAUAUGCACACGCGAGGCAUUUCGCUCGAUGAAGGCUCACGGCGCUGAUGGUCAUGUAUUUUUGAUUAAUAGCAUCUGUGGUCAUAGAGUACCGAUGUUUCCAAAUACGACAGUUAAUGUUUAUCCAUCCUCAAAGUUCGCCGUCACCGCUUUGACUGAAGUCUAUCGACAGGAAUUCUUGGAUCAGGAAACAAAUGUUAAAAUCACUAGCAUCAGUCCUGGCAUAGUGGAUACUGAGAUUCACAUUGAUGAAGCUCGUGAAGCCUUACCGAAUAUGCCACAUCUCAAAUCGGAGGAUAUUGCUGAUGCUUUAAUCUAUUGCUUACAGACCCCACCACAUGUGCAGAUCCAUGAGCUGACCAUCAAACCAAUCGGUGAAACGAUUUAAGCUGCAAAUUCAUAACAGAAUAAAAGUAUGAAAUAAAGUAUUGGGUCGUUCAAAAGAA